AUGGAUGAAGCCAACUUCUUGGAAGAUACAACUUCUAAGCAACAGAAGGAUUUGCCUUAUGAUGGAGAUUUAUCCCAAAUUAAGCUAUACAAUGAUUACACUUUUACCUCAAAAUAUGACCUUCUUGAUGUCUCAAAUCAAAUGAAUUUAACAGUAGAUGACCCUCAAGAAAAGGCUACACAUAGAGAAACUUGCAAAAAGGCAGACAUGGCCACGACCGUGGAGAAAACAACUGAAAAUGCUGUCAACAAAAAAUGUGAUAAACAAUGUACUAUAAAUCCGCAUAUUCCAGCUAACCAAGGAGACCCUUCAAAGUCAAAUAUUUCUGAUAUUUCACUCCGUCAUCUUUGCAAAGAGGAAUUCCCAAAAGGUCAAGGCAUUAACAGUGAAACUCUCCCAGAGAUCUCAAAUGCUGACGGUUUUGAUAAAGCUGUUAUUAAAAAUAUUAUUUUGCAGCAUGUGAAGAAUUCUUGGCUGACAGAACAAACCGCAGAACUCCCUGACCAACUCAAUCCCCAAAGGGAUGGUGAGAACAGCCAUAAGCCCAGUUAUUCUCCAGCAAUACCAGAAGAAAACACUUCUGGUUCAGAAGAAUCAGUGGCUGCUGGAGAAAGCAGCCAUCAAGAAAAUUCAAAUUUUCUUACUAACAUCAAGAGUCCAUGUGAUAAACAAAAAAGUUGCCAAGGACAGAUACUCCAGAAACAGCAGGAUGAAAAAUCAAGUUCUGACAACAGGUGUAAAUAUGGCCAAGGUCAAGUUCAUUGCUGGUUCUCUGAUUUCUCUACAGUGGCUCCCAAAGUAAAAAUUUCUAAAAAUAACAUAAUCGAUAAGCCACUUACAACAGAUAAACAGGCCAGUUUUUCUCCUAAAUUGAGAGAUGAGUCAGCUAUUGUGCAAGAUGUUUCAGAAAGUUUGUCUAGAUCAAAAUAUGCUGAAAAGCAAGAGCAGAAGUGGAAAACUACGGAACCUCCUCAACAGACAGAGAUGGCGCCCACAAGACACAUCUACCAAGAACAUCUCACAGGAAUAAAACCUGAGACAAGUCUGUCUAAGUCGCCAUCAACUUCUCAGAAAAACCCUUCCUCAAGUUCUUGCAUAUUUCAAAAGAUAGCCCAAGAGAAACAGAUGUGUCAGAAGUUAAAAGAACAGACGGAUCAACUGAAGACCAAAGUAAAAGAAUUUUCCAAAAGCAUAGCACAGGACUCUCCCUAUCAUUUGCAAGACAAGAGAGUGGUCCUGGAGAAACUGCAGGGACAUCUUGAAGCACUGGAGCAGGAGUUUCUGGCCAACAAGGAGAAGCGUCUGACUUUGCAGGGGCAAGUCCACCGGCCUGAAUCCCCAGCUGUCGAUGACUUUGAUCCAGAAAGAAAACUGGAAGGUGAAAUCUUCAAGUUGGAGAUGCUACUUGAAGAUUUUAAAGAGAAAAUUAAUAAAGGUGAAUAUACUUCAUCUGUCUCUCUUCCUGUGAGUCCGCCAAUCAACCGGGAUGACCUGCCAGCCUCCUCAUCUCCACCCUCAAAUGAGGAGGACCUCGACCGCGCCUCGGGAGGGCAGGACCACGCAGGGACCCUCAGCGCAAGCUGUGCCUUCUGCCGCCGGGUCCUGGAAUGGAAGCAAAACAUGGAGAAAAAAGGCUGCAGAGGCAUCAACCGUGGAAGGUUUCCCACUGCUAUGCAAGACAAGGCACUGCACCCAGACUCUGUUCUCGGUUCUGAUACAGGGUACAGCUGCUAUCCUGCUUCUGGAGCUGGAGUGCCGAGUAAUCAAUGUGAGAAGUGUGGCACCAAGAUUCAUAACUCCUGGAGGGUCCGUGGUAAAGACCCAGCUAAGGAAUUUCAUUAUAGAUACGACACCCCAAGACAGAACUACUUUAAUCAUGGGGAAAGAAGGUCCUUUGCCCAACUCCGCUUUUUACAUGAAAAUAGAAACUCUUCACCUUGUGUCCAAGACUAAAGAACAGCCUUCACCCGAAGGACCUCAGCUGCGUCCCCCCCAAUCAGC